AUGGACCAUGGUUGGGCGCCGAUGGUAGCAAAAAUGGGAGCAACAACCAUCGCAUCGACGGGCGCCGACGAGGCGAUGGCUUCAUGCCGAUCUUUCCGAUUUAAUUCCCCACCGUUGCAGGGUAUCAGCACAGCUGCACCUUUCUUCCCCAAUUGCCCUCGAAGACUCCCCAAAUCCCUCGUUUCGUCACUCCCAGCAUCACUAUUAUCAUCACCAUCGUCAUCAUCAUCAUCCGUGGAUAGCCCUCCAGAAGGCUACAGGAGAAGCGUAGGAAUCUGUCUCAUUAGCCCCUCCAAACAGAUUUUUGCUGCUUCGAGACUCGAUAUACCAGAUGCCUGGCAAAUGCCUCAGGGCGGUAUCGAUGAGAGUGAGAAUCCUAGAAGUGCCGCCAUAAGAGAAUUAAGAGAAGAAACUGGAAUUACGUCUGCCGAAAUUGUUGAUGAGGUUCCAUAUUGGUUGACAUAUGAUUUCCCACCAGCUGUCGGGGAAAAACUAAAGCAGCAAUGGGGUUCCGACUGGAAAGGUCAAGCACAGAAAUGGUUUCUCCUGAAAUUUACUGGAAAGGACGAAGAGAUCAAUCUUCUGGGUGACGGGACUGAAAAGCCCGAGUUCGGACAGUGGUCGUGGAUGUCGCGUCAAGAAAUAGUUGACCAUGCAGUGGAUUUCAAGAAGCCUGUCUACUCAGAAGUUCUGAAAGUUUUCUCUUCACAUCUUGACUAG